UCACUGGAAGAAAAAAAUGCAGCUAUUAUUUAUGACCCUAAACUACAGACUCCAAAGACCUUACAGGAAGCUAUUUAUGACAUGGGCUUUGAUGCCACUCUCCACAAUCCUAAUCCACUCCCUGUUUUAACUGACACCAUGUUUCUGACUGUUACUGCUUCAUUUGCUCCACCUUGGGACCACAUCCAAAGCACAUUGCUCAAGACCAAGGGUGUGACAGACAUUAAAAUUUUCCCUCAGCAAAGAACUGCAGUGGUGACAAUAAUCCCUUCUAUAGUGAAUGCCAGUCAGAUAAUAGAACUGGUUCCGGGUGUCAGUUUAGAUGUUGGAUCUCUGGAGAAAAAUUCAGGAACUUGUGACGAUUACAGUAUGACUCAAGCAGGUGAAAUCAUGCUGAAAAUGAGGGUGGAAGGGAUGACGUGCCAUUCAUGCACUAGCACCAUUGAAGGAAAAAUUGGGAAACUACAAGGUGUUCAGCGAAUUAAAGUUUCCCUGGACAAUCAAGAAGCUACUAUUGUUUAUCAGCCUCAUCUUAUCACAGUAGAGGAAAUAAAAAAGCAGAUUGAAGCUGUGGGUUUUCCAGCAUUCAUCAAAAAACAGCCCAAGUACCUUACAUUGGGAGCUAUUGACAUAGAACGUCUAAAGAACACAUCUGCCAGAUCCUCAGAAGGAUCACUGCAAAAGAGUCCAUCAUAUACCAAUGAUUCAACAGCCACUUUUAUCAUAGAUGGCAUGCAUUGUAAAUCAUGUGUGUCAAAUAUUGAAAGUGCUUUAUCUACACUCCAAUAUGUAAGCAGCAUAGCAAUUUCUUUAGAGAAUAGGUCUGCCAUUGUAAAAUAUAAUGCAAGCUCAGUCACUCCAGAAACCCUGAGAAAGGCAAUAGAGGCAGUAUCACCAGGGCAAUAUACUGUUAGUAUUAUAAGUGAUGUUGAGAGUAUCCCAAACUCUCCUUUUAGCUCAUCUCAUCAAAAAAUCCCUUUGAACAUAGUGAGCCAGCCUCUGACUCAAGAAACUGUAAUAAACAUCAGUGGCAUGACUUGUAAUUCUUGUGUACAGUCUAUUGAGGGUGUCAUAUCAAAAAAGGCAGGUGUAAAAUCCGUACAAGUCUCCCUUGCAGAUAGCAGUGGAGUUGUUGAAUAUGAUCCUCUACUAACCUCUCCAGAAACCUUGAGAGAAGAAAUAGAAAACAUGGGAUUUGAUGCUACCUUGUCAGACAUGAGUGAGCCAUCGGUAUUAAUAGCUCAGCCCUCAUUGGAAAUGCCACUUUUGGCUUCAACUAAUGAAUGUUAUGCUAAAAUGAUGACACCAACUCAUGACAAGGAAGAGACAAAGACUUCUUCUAAGUGUUACAUACAGGUCACUGGCAUGACUUGUGCUUCCUGUGUAGCAAACAUUGAACGAAAUUUAAGACGAGAAGAAGGAAUAUAUUCUGUACUUGUGGCUCUGAUGGCUGGCAAGGCAGAAGUAAGAUAUAAUCCUGCUGUUAUACAACCUCUGAUGAUAGCAGAGUUCAUCCAAGAGCUUGGAUUUGGAGCCACUGUGAUAGAAAAUGCUGAUGAAGGGGAUGGUGUUUUGGAACUUGUUGUGAGAGGAAUGACUUGUGCUUCCUGUGAACAUAAAAUAGAGUCUACUCUCACAAAACAUAGAGGGAUUUUCUACUGCUCUGUGGCCCUGGCAACCAAUAAAGCACAUAUUAAAUAUGAUCCAGAAAUUAUUGGUCCCCGAGAUAUUAUCCGGACAAUUGAAAAACUUGCUAAAAAGAUUUUUCUUUUCUCAAUUUUGUACAUUAGGUGGAGACGAUCCUUUCUAGUGAGCCUGUUUUUCUGUAUUCCUGUAAUGGGGCUAAUGAUAUAUAUGAUGGUUAUGGACCACCAUCUUGCAUCUCUUCAUCAUAAUCAGAACAUGAGCCAGGAAGAAAUGAUCAACAUUCAUUCUUCUAUGUUCUUGGAGCACCAGAUUCUGCCAGGAUUGUCCAUUAUGAAUUUGCUAUCCUUUUUAUUGUGUGUACCUGUACAGUUCUUUGGAGGCUGGUACUUCUACAUUCAGGCUUACAAAGCAAUGAAGCAUAAGACUGCGAAUAUGGAUGUACUGAUUGUGUUGGCAACUACCAUUGCAUUUGCCUACUCUUUGGUUGUUCUUCUGGUUGCAAUGUAUGAGAGAGCAAAAGUGAAUCCUGUUACUUUCUUUGACACACCUCCUAUGCUAUUUGUGUUUAUUGCACUAGGUCGGUGGCUGGAACAUAUAGCAAAGGGCAAAACAUCUGAGGCUCUUGCGAAGCUAAUUUCACUGCAAGCUACAGAAGCAACUAUUGUAACCCUUGACUCUGAUAAUAUCCUCCUGAGUGAAGAACAAGUGGAUGUGGAACUUGUACAACGUGGAGACAUCAUUAAAGUGAUUCCAGGAGGCAAAUUUCCAGUGGAUGGUUGUGUUAUUGAAGGACAUUCUAUGGUAGAUGAGUCCCUUAUCACAGGGGAGGCGAUGCCUGUAGCUAAGAAAUCUGGUAGUUCAGUAAUUGCUGGUUCCAUUAACCAAAAUGGAUCACUGCUUAUCCGAGCAACUCAUGUUGGAGCAGACACAACCCUUUCUCAAAUUGUCAAACUUGUGGAGGAGGCACAGACAUCAAAGGCUCCUAUCCAGCAAUUUGCAGACAAACUCAGUGGCUACUUUGUUCCUUUUAUCGUUAUUGUUUCCAUUGCUACCCUCUUGGUUUGGAUUAUAAUUGGAUUUCUUAAUUUUGAAAUUGUGGAAACCUACUUUCCUGGCUACAGUAGAAGUAUCUCCCAAACAGAAGCGAUAAUACGCUUUGCUUUUCAAGCCUCUAUCACAGUUCUGUGCAUUGCAUGCCCCUGUUCACUGGGUCUGGCUACUCCAACUGCUGUGAUGGUGGGUACAGGAGUAGGUGCUCAAAACGGCAUACUAAUCAAAGGUGGUGAACCAUUGGAGAUGGCUCAUAAGGUAAAGGUAGUGGUAUUUGAUAAGACUGGAACCAUUACCCAUGGAACCCCAGUAGUGAAUCAAGUUAAGGUGCUAGUGGAAAGUAACAGAAUAUCACGCAAUAAGAUCCUGGCCAUUGUGGGAACAGCUGAAAGUAACAGUGAACACCCUCUAGGAGCAGCAGUAACCAAAUACUGCAAGCAGGAGCUGUAUACUGAAACCUUGGGUACCUGCAUAGAUUUCCAGGUCGUGCCAGGCUGUGGUAUUAGCUGUAAAGUCACCAAUAUUGAAGGCUUGCUGCAUAAGAAUAACUGGAAGAUAGAAGAAAAUAAUAUUAAAAAUGCAUCCCUGGUUCAAAUUGAUGCAAGUAAUGAACAGUCAUCAACUUCAUCUUCCAUGAUUAUUGAUGCCCAAUCAACUCUCUUCAUUUUUGCUGUUCCUAUAUUAGAUGAGCUGUGUGGGUUGAUAGCCAUUGCUGAUACAGUGAAGCCUGAAGCAGAAUUGGCUGUUCAUAUUCUGAAAUCCAUGGGUUUAGAAGUAGUUCUGAUGACUGGAGACAACAGUAAAACAGCUAGAUCUAUUGCUUCUCAGGUUGGCAUUACUAAGGUAUUUGCUGAAGUUCUACCUUCCCACAAGGUUGCUAAGGUGAAACAACUUCAAGAGGAGGGGAAACGAGUAGCAAUGGUAGGAGAUGGAAUAAAUGACUCUCCAGCUUUGGCAAUGGCUAAUGUUGGAAUUGCCAUUGGCACAGGCACAGAUGUAGCCAUUGAAGCAGCUGAUGUGGUUUUGAUAAGGAAUGAUCUUCUGGAUGUAGUGGCAAGUAUUGACUUAUCAAGAAAGACAGUCAAGAGGAUUCGGAUAAAUUUUGUCUUUGCUCUGAUUUAUAAUCUGGUUGGAAUUCCCAUAGCUGCUGGAGUUUUUAUGCCCAUUGGUUUGGUUUUGCAGCCCUGGAUGGGAUCCGCUGCAAUGGCUGCUUCAUCUGUUUCAGUUGUACUUUCUUCUCUCUUCCUUAAACUGUAA